GCCGCUACAAUUUGUGGUUACAGCUUUACACGUCAGAAAAAAAAAAAAAGUUUGCAGAAUGUCCCACACUGAAAAAAAAAAAAAAAUCCGAAACCGAGCGAAAAAAACCUGCGAGUGGGCCUGGCGGAUGGGAUUAUUAAAGCUUCGCCGGAGCCGCGGCUCGCCCUCCCACUCCGCCAGCCUCCGGGAGAGCAGCCUCGCCCGGCCGGCCCGGCCCCCGGCCCCAUGGACCUCCGAGCAGGGGACUCGUGGGGGAUAAUAGCUUGCCUGUGCACCGUGCUCUGGCACCUCCCUGCAGUGCCAGCCCUCAAUCGCACAGGGGACCCAGGGCCUGGUCCCUCCAUCCAGAAAACCUAUGACCUCACCCGAUACCUGGAGCACCAACUCCGCACCUUGGCUGGGACCUACCUGAACUACCUGGGCCCCCCUUUCAACGAGCCCGACUUCAACCCACCUCGGCUGGGGGCAGAGACUCUGCCCAGGGCCACUGUCAACUUGGAAGUGUGGCGGAGCCUCAAUGACAAACUGCGGCUGACCCAGAACUACGAGGCCUACAGCCACCUCCUGUGCCACUUGCGCGGCCUCAACCGUCAGGCCGCCGCCGCCGAGCUGCGCCGCAGCCUGGCCCACUUCUGCACCAGCCUCCAGGGCCUGCUGGGCAGCAUCGCGGGUGUCAUGGCGGCCCUGGGCUACCCGCUACCCCAGCCUCUGCCUGGGGCUGAGCCCGCCUGGGCCCCUGGCCCUGCCCACAGUGACUUCCUCCAGAAGAUGGAUGAUUUCUGGCUGCUGAAGGAGCUGCAGACCUGGCUGUGGCGCUCAGCCAAGGACUUCAACCGGCUCAAGAAGAAGAUGCAGCCUCCGGCAGCUGCGGUCACCCUGCGCCUGGAGGCCCAUGGCUUCUGAUCUUUGACCUUGACCACCUCCUCUUCCCUUCCCCUCCAACCCUGCUCCCGCUCUGGGAGGGAGAAACCUGUGUGCCAACGCCUGUUGAGCCAGGAGACAGAGGCUGUAAGCCUCCGGCCCUUCCCGGACUUGGGGGAGGGUGUGGUGCAAUAAGGACCAUCCCCUCCCCACUUCCCAAAGUUCCGCAGGUCUGGGGAAGAGGUGCAAUAGGCCCGUCCCAUCCCACUUCUACAGGAAGUAAUGCUCAAGGGAGCCCGAGGGGGUCCGGGUCGCUGCGAAGGCUCUCCCAGACUCCUGCUUCCCGCCCACCGCCUGCCAGGGCCCAGGAGCCCCUCCAGUGGCACUCCCAGAAGGCAUGCCUGCAGGGCAGGGAGGGGCCGCCACAGCACGUGCCUUGCGGGCGAAGCCCGUUGCUGCCCCACUCUCCUCAGAUGGGUGUUGCUCCCCUACCCCCAGUGAACUCCACACACUCAAUUCGGGAAACGAACACAGUGGCGAGUGUGAACAGGAAGAGACGGAAUUCGGGAUGGGAGAGGUGGGGUCUGCAACAGAGGUAAUGCCGAGCGCAGAGGGGCAGGGGCAGGCUGAACCCAGGGGUCACCAAGGCACAGGGUGGCACCCGAAGGGCCUUGUCUGGGGUUUUCUUGCCAGCGUCGAGGUGCCUCCUCUCCACCCCCUUUUCCAGGGUAUCUGUGGGUUGCCCAGCCUGGGGAGGGCAAUCAUAGCCACAGCCACAGGAUUUCCUGAAAGUUUACAUUGCAGUAGCAUUUUGGGGGUACGGGGGCGUCUCCCCCAGGCCCUGCACCCCCCAGCCCCAACCACUCAUGACUCUGUUUGUUGUAUUAAUAUUUAUUUAUUUGGAGAUGUUAUUUAUUAGAUUAUAUUUAUUGCAGAAUUUCUAUUCUUGUAUUAACAAAUAAAAUGCUUGCCCCGGAAGCAUCUCUUUGCUUGGCUCUGCUCCUCCUCCUGGCCCCCGUGCCUGCUGGGAGGGCUUGGGGAUCCAAAGGCUAGCUCAGGAGACGCCCAGGGCUUGGGGAAGGGGCUCUCCCCACUUUGCCGGGGAGACGUGGGCACAGCAGACUUCAGCCCGGCUCUCUCCAUCAGUGCCAAGGCCCUCGCGUCCUCCCAAACACCGUCUUGUCUGUCGCUGAUCUCCCGUCUUCCAGCCUCGGCUCGGUCGGCCCCACCUCCCUGGAGCACGUCCCUGUUC